UCAUCUCCUUUGCCCAUCUUCCUCAUCACUCAAUCUCCUAUACCCACUAAAAUCAUCUAUACCCAUACCUCUUUAAUGAAUUGUGGAAAGACUAAACUGACCUUGGUUUGUUGAAUGAAAACCGAAAAUUGUAAUGUGAUUGGGUUGGGUUUGUGAUUGGAAAUCGUUGGUUUGGGAAGUUUGGUUAAUGGUUUUAUAAAAAAAAAAAUUAAUUGAGAAAAGCUAAAUUAAAAAAAAACCGAAGCUCCGUGGUGGGUCUCCCGUCUCCUCUACCUCCCCGCAGCUCCCCCAUCGGGGCUCCAUCCGGCUCUGUCGCCGCAGUUUCUCUCCUCCUCCUCCAUUUUCAAAGUGUUUCCGGAGGUCUAGCAUUCCAUCGGCGCAAAUAGAGUUGGGUAUUGCAGGUAAACUCAGGACCCCCAACUUCUCUUGAGAAAUGCAUGUAUUUGGAAUCGAGCUAGGAGCAAUGCACAACGGCAUUGUUUAGUUGAUGGGUCAAUUAGUAUAGCGAUUUGGUAUAAAAUGCAUUAAUGUGGUUGAAUUAAACGUUGAUAGAUGCGAUUCGAAACCUUAGUGUUUUGGAUUAUUGUUGGAAAACUGGGAAAAGUGGAAUAACUAGGAAAACUCGAACAACUGGUAUAACUGUGUUGAUCUUGUGCGAUAUUUUUGGCAGGAUACAAUGACCAAUAACGUAUUCGUACAUUUUACAUAUGAAGACUGCAUGUAUGGUAUAUCUGUGAAGGCAUCAGUGGAGGAUGUGACGUUGUCAAUGUUACAAGAAAAGAUGUAUAAGAAGCUUGGGUUGGAUGAAAGUAAGGAAAAACUGAAAUUGAGCUACAUUCCGAUGGUGAGACGUUGCCAGAAAGCUGUAACUAUUGCUGAUGAUGACGAUCUUUAUGUUUACCUCGGAAGUGUCGAUAAAGAGAACCAAAGAUGUCUUUUGGUUGUGGAGAGUAGUGAAAGGUCGGGACCGAGACCACAAGAUAGACUUUCGAUAGCGGGUAAACGUUCUGUUGGUAUGAACUACAACGAUUUGCAGCUAUUGGAACAUGAAGUUGGACCUAAUGCAAUUACAUUGUACGUUGGUGAGAACCAAGAGAAUAACGAGGUGCGUGCUAUGGAGACUGGUACUGGUAAGGAGACUGACACUGGUAUGGAGACUAAUACGGCUGCGGAGACUGAUACUGGUAUGGAGAAUGAUACGGCUGCAGAGAAUGAAACGGCUGCGGAGACUGAUACGGCUGCGGAGACUGAUACGGCUGCGGAGACUGAUACGGCUGCGGAGAAUGAAACGGCUGCGGAGACUGAUACGGCUGCGGAGACUGAUACGGCUGCGGAGAAUGAAACCGUACAUCCAACCGCCGAUAAGUAUGUUGAAGAGCCACCUGCAAUAGUACGGAGUAGUUGUAUAGAGGAAUGGGCCGAUGGUUUGAGUCUCAAUAAACAUGACGAAUUUCCAAGUAAGAAGGCAAUUCAGGAGAUGGUGGAUAGAGCUGCAUAUAGUGAAUGUUAUCGUUAUGUCACUAAAAAGUCUGAUCGAAAUCGAUUGGUGAUAACAUGUUCGCAAGCUGACUGCAAAUGGGUAAUACGAGCUUCAGGGAUUGGUGGGACGGAAAUUUUCUCAAUAAAAAGCUACACGAAGAUGCAUACAUGCUCGCGGACACAACAAAGUGACAGCAACGACAAGAGAAGAGCGUCAGCAGAAGUAGUGGCAAGUUUUUUGAAUGAGGAAUUCCCAGGAGAUGUGCAAACUCCAACUCCAAAAGAUAUUAAGGCUCUGGUUAAGUCCAAACUUGGUGUCAUGAUAUCCUACUCCACAGCAUUGCGUGGAAAGAAUUUGGCUUCUUGUGAUACACGUGGUAGUCCGGAAGAUAGCUACAGGAUGAUGUAUAGCUAUUUGUACAUGUUAGAGCAAAUGAACACGGGAACAAAAACUAGUGUGAAAUUGGAUGACUCAGGUAAAUUCAAGUACCUCUUCAUAGCGUUGGGAGCUUGCAUUGAAGGGUUUGCAGUUAUGAGAAAAGUGAUUGUUGUCGAUGCAACAUGGCUGAAGAACGGAUAUGGGGGUGUUCUAAUUUUUGCCAAAGCUCAAGAUCCUAACCGUCAUUGCUAUCCACUUGCGUUUGCUGUACUUGAUGGAGAGAAUCAUGCUAGUUGGACCUGGUUUUUUGAGAUGCUUAGAAGCGUUAUACCAGACUCUUCUGAACUGGUUUUCAUGAGUGAUAGAAAUGCAAGUCUGAUAUUUGCCAUAGCAAACGUGUACCCUCAGGCUCACCAUGGUCAUUGUUUAUGGCAUUUGAAGGAAAAUGUUAAAGGGCAUGCUUCUAACGUCAACAAAGAUGUAGUCGGGCAUAGAUUCAUGGAGCUGGGAAAGAUGUAUACAAUGGCUGAUUUCAAUGCUGCUUACGAAAAAUUUAAGCUAAGGUUCCCUUCAGCUUACACGUAUGUGGAGGAGAAAACUGAAAAAGACAAAUGGGCAAGGGUUUUUUUCCCCCGUGACAGGUACAACUUGGACACAAGCAACAGCGUGGAAUCAAUGAACAAAGUGUUUAGAGAGGCAAGGAGGUGGGCCUUGAUACCAAUGCUGGAUUGUAUCAUUAGGACAUUCUCUGAUUGGUUUAAUCAACGUCGGAAGGAUGCUGUUUCACAAUCAUUGGGUACCAAGCUAGUGCCUCUGGUUGAGAACUACUUGCACGAUCUAUGGGUUCUUGCGCGAACGCUACCUGUGCGGGAGCUUAAUAGUUAUGAGCUAGAGUACGAGGUAAAGGAUAGUAAUGGGAAGAUGUUUUUGACGAACUUGAUUGCCAAAACUUGUACUUGCAAGGUGUGGGAUUAUGAAAAGAUUCCUUGUCUGCACGGACUGGCUGCUUACAUCUAUUACACUAAUCAGGUGGAUAGUGGGGGUGGUAGGAGCCGUGAUAUCAACAUAGUAUAUCAUGAGUUGUGCUCAAAAUACUAUUGGACGGAACUGUGGUCAUUGGCGUAUUGGAGGACAAUUUAUGCUGUGCCAGACAUGUCUGUAUGGGAAGUCCCGGAUCACAUCAGGGAGCUGAAGAUCAUACCUCCGGAUCCUAUCAAGCGUAAGGGAAGGAAAAGAGUUAAUAGACUUCCAUCUGGUGGAGAACGCCGUAGGAGGACACAAAACAAAAAGCGGCCUAGGCAAAAUUUUGGUUUCAAUUGGCUGUUAUUUGGAAAUGGUUCAAGCACUUCAGAGCAGAACACGGCCUAACCACGAUUGGUUUCAAUUGGCUGUUAUUUGGAAAUGGUUAUUUGUAUGUUUUUGGAAAACUCUGGAAAACUAUUUUAUCUUCUUUGUAAAACUGCAUUGUGUUUCGAGUGUGACAUUAUUAUUAUUAUGACAUUUACUAUUAUGAUUACUCUAGUCUAACUAAUAAUUCAAUUAAACAUAUUUUUUUCAAAACGUUUUUCAAAAAUUAUGAAAACUCUUACUAUCUCCAUAAUAAGCCUUAUAGUUUCACUCACACUUUGUGAAUGAAGAACAUGUCACAAAAGAGAUUAUCAGAUAAUGUUUGUUUCCCAAAUAUUUGUGCAGUAAACAAGAUAAAUAUCAUGUUCAAGUACUAAAAUCGAAAGUAAAACAAGAAAACCAAACUGAAAGCAUUGGUAACACUGAAUAAAUUAUAAACCACAGAAAGUACAACUAUGAGCAAAUCUCGUAAAACUAGUAUCUUAUGUAAAACUAAGAACAAAUUUCGGGGAGGGAAAUGAAAUUACAUUGGCGCCAAAACAUAUGAGGGAAAAUAAUUAUUUUAAUUAUUUUAACUAUUUUCAUUAUUUUUCUCUAUGUCACGUCCCAUCUCUCUGUCUCCACUCCAUCUCUUUAUUGAUCCCAUCGAUCCAUCUCUCUCUCUCCACUCCCCCACUCCAUCCCUCAUUCCUCUCUCUCGAUCUCUUUCGGUUUCUCCCAUUUCUCUCUGACAGUAAGAACUGAAGCAUGACUCAUCCCGAAGAGGAGUACAGUCACAUGAAGGCCUUGAAGAGACACAACGACAUGCUUGGUUUCGUGGCUGAUGCGGAGUACGGCGUCCCGACCAAGUGCCCGUGUGGUGGAGGUAUCAUUCCUGAGGUAUCUCCCUGUAACAAGUUUCCCAAUGAUUUUGAUACGCAACCUGGAAGGAGGUACUUCACCUGCAAAAACUUUGAGAAUAAUGGUCUCCACUUUCGUACGCCGUGGGUGUUCGCGAUUCAGGACGAAGUUACAAAGUUAGUACACCGUGUCGAAGAGAUGGCUGAGGAGAUUGAUCGCCUCAAGUCUCAGCUUUACCAACUUCACCGUCCAUGAUCCCAUCUUGUUGCUCUAAGUUGUUGUUGUUCUAAGUUGUUCUUGGGGAUGUUGUUGUUGUUGUUCUACGUCGUAUGAUGGUACUUUGAUCUAUGUUGCUACUUUCUUUCUCUAUGUGUGUGUCUUAUGACUUAAACUAUCUAUCUAAUGUUUAUGUGUUUUGUGGUUUACUUCUC